AUGGCGGUGGGUAACAUCAACGAGCUGCCAGAGAACAUCCUACUCGAAUUGUUCACACACGUGCCCGCCCGCCAGCUGCUGCUGCGCUGCCGCCUGGUCUGUAGCCUCUGGCGGGACCUCAUCGACCUCGUGACCCUCUGGAAGCGCAAGUGCCUGCGUGAGGGCUUCAUUACCGAGGACUGGGACCAACCCGUGGCCGACUGGAAGGUCUUCUACUUCCUCCGCAGCCUCCGCAGGAACCUCCUGCAUAACCCAUGUGCCGAAGAGGGGUUUGAAUUCUGGAGCCUGGACGUGAAUGGAGGUGAUGAGUGGAAGGUGGAAGAUCUCUCCAAAGACCAGAGGAAGGAAUUCCCCAAUGACCAGGUCAAGAAAUACUUCGUGACUUCUUAUUACACCUGCCUCAAGUCCCAGGUGGUGGAUCUCAAGGCCGAAGGGUACUGGGAGGAGCUGAUGGACACCACACGGCCAGAUAUCGAGGUCAAGGACUGGUUCGCAGCCAGGCCAGACUGCGGGUCCAAGUACCAGCUGUGUGUUCAGCUCCUGUCGUCAGCACACGCACCUCUGGGGACCUUCCAGCCAGACCCAGCAAUGAUUCAGCAGAAGAGCGAUGCCAAGUGGAGGGAGGUCUCCCACACUUUCUCCAACUAUCCGCCCGGCGUCCGCUACAUCUGGUUUCAGCACGGCGGCGUGGACACUCACUACUGGGCCGGCUGGUACGGCCCGAGGGUCACCAACAGCAGCAUCACCAUCGGGCCCCCACUGCCAUGA